AUGCUCGACAACAACAUCCUCCUCUCACGCCCACGCCCACCAAUCCUCCAGGAGAGAUCCCCCGCAGGAAUCGACUUCAAGGCCAGCGAGAGCUUCAUCGACGCAUGGUCACAACAGCCACCAGCCGAGAAGGAGGACGAAGAACAGCAACCAAACUCAAUCACCCACGAGUGGGUCGGCGCCAAGACCAGAGAAGAACUGGAAAGCCUGCUCCUGGCGGCCGACCGAGUCAUCCGAGAACGCGAACGCGAUCUAGGCAUCGCAGCCGCAAUAGGCCAGUCCCUCCUCCAAAGCAACAUCGCCCUCCGAGGCCGCCAGCAGAGACUGCUCGCAGAGGUCUCUGGCGAAUCACCACCCUCCAACCAUCGCCAAUUCGAAGACAUCACCAACCGAUCCGAGUAUAUCGAAGGCCGCCCACCCCCCUCACCCAGUGACUACGACCCACAGGACUUGCCUUUCGAACUAUCCCUCAACCUCACCCAACUCCGCAAGCUCGUCAAGGAACUCGACACCCUCCGGGCCGAUCUCCAACAGACCGAGGAACGCAACGCGCUGCUCGAGGAGGAGCGGCUGGCCCAUCUCGAACAGGAGAACAACAAUGUGGGCGAGAUGGUCGAGGAGAUCGUCGGCGACAUGAAACGGCUCAUCAUGGACGACCACGACUCGGCCCUCAAGAUGCGCACCCCCACCAAAUCCACCGCAAACUUCUCCCAGAACCUGCCCAGCAUCCCGAUCGUCCUCGACGAGACUACCACCCCCUCCCCCCUCAGCUGUCCUCGAUCCCAAUCCUCGAGCCUCCUGUCACUCUCACCAAGGCGCUCGACGAUCUCCAACCUCUCCCGCUCUUCGAUCGACUUCCAGAGCAGCCCUCAGGAACGCGCUCUCGUCUCGCAGCUCCUGAACAAGAUUGCCGAGCUCAAGGAGAGCCAGAGCGAGUUCGACCACGAGCGAGAGGAGAUGAAGGCCAAGCUGAGGAAGGCGAGGGAGGAGGUCGAGGAACUCCAGCUGCUCGUCGAGGAUGCCGAGUCGGAGCUACAGCAGGUCAAGCAGCUCGCCUGGGACGACCGACGCGGGAUGAUCGAGUGGGACGGCGAACCCCUCCCCGCAGAUGAACCACCACCAGGAGCAAAGUCCGCGAGAAAAGCCUCUGGGAAUAGAAAGAUGAUCCAGCAGAGUCGCAAGGCCAAGAAACGACAGUGGCCCGCCCCAGAGCAUCAACCUGGUAGCCUCGGGAGCGACAUCACGAUCCCCGAGUCCAACCCGUCCUUAUCCUAUGACCGGGAACCCAGCUCGCCGUCGAUGCGAGGCCAGGCUCUCUCGAGGGCUCGAUUGAACCCGGGCUCCCUCGAAGCUUCCCCAGAGAGCCAGUCGAAAUACUCGCAACUGGCCAGACUACAAGUCGCGUCCAUGUCCUCCUUCCAGACCCUCAGCGAGGGCGAUGAGAGCAUCAGGUCCACCAGCGAGACGCCCCUGCGCACCUUACUCUCCGAGAUCGGCGGUCUCUACCCCGAGGAAGCGAGCCCGGAGGCCACCAGCUCUCCUAUCGUCAAUGGGACCUCCUCCUCCCCAAAUCAGCAGGAUGAUAAGAAGUACGGCGCGCUCGCCCAGCUCGGCCCGCCGCCCUCGAGACGGAUCGUCCAGCAGCAGACGACCUACACCGAGCUCCAACGGGCAGUGGCCGAGACUCCGCUGACGUGGGCGGACGAGACGCCGUCAAGCCAGCGACUGACGACCGAACGCAAGCGGGACUCGACGGAGUGGCUGUACAGCAGCGCGGCCUCGUACCAGCUCGAGAGCUGGUCGGCGAGCAGCUCAGCGACGCUCGGGCUCAUGUCGGCCUCCCGACCCAAGCCGCCUCUCGACGCGCUUCUCCGCCAGCCCAGUCGUCGACGCUCUCCAGCUCGACGACCGUCGGCCGCAUGUCGCCCUCGGAGCGGACGACGACGAGCAAGUCUGAGCGCUCGUCCUCGCACCGGGCGCUCCGUCGGACCAGCCGCCGCCGCCAGGAGGCGCUCCGUCGGCUCGGCAUCCCGUCCUCGACGGACACCUGCUCGUACACCAGCGAGUGCGACUCAGGCGUCGACGGCCGACUGGAACUACAUCGACGCGACCGACCACGACCAUCUCGCGCAGGGCGCGACGGGCACAGACUACUACCCGAUCUCCGUCCGCGCCCGCAACGCGCCGGCGAUGGUCGUCGGCAGGCUGCAGGCCAAGAGCGCCGGCUGGGGCACGUUCGUCUACCAGUGGAUGAAGCUCGUCAGCGUCGUCGGGCUGGCCGUCGGCUGGGCGGUCUGGCAGGGCCCGCGCUCGGCUCUGGACGACGACUUCCCGUUCGGCUCCGCCCAUAACAGGGCCGGGAAGCGGCUCGCUAUCGAACACCCCGCCGCCUCCCGCCCGCCUAGCCUCGACAUCCUGCGUAACCCCGCCACCCCGCGGCUUUCCCGCUCGGCAUCGCCAGACACCGGUCCCGUCCACGGCCCCGGAUCCAGCCCCGAUUGA